ACAAAUCUGAGAGAGAGAGAGAGAGAGACAGAGAGACAGAGCAUCUGAAAUUCCGAAAUCCGAACACACAAAAUCUGCAUUUUGCAUUUCUGCUCAACCCCCUCACUAUCUGCUCUUUAACUUUCAAUCUUUUUGCAGUGUUUUUGAAGACCCUACGGCAACUGUUGGGUUUACUCUGCUUGGAUUCAAAGUGCCAAUUUGUUAGGCUUUCUUAUUUUUUUGAGCCAGGAGAGGAACAAGAACUGCUGAACUUGUGCUUAAAUAUUCAUCUUUUGGCAAUAGAGCAUCCCAUGGACCUUCAAUCCACAGCAGUGUUCAGUUCCAUUUUACUCCUACUGCCUAUUCUUCCGGUAAUUAUUGCUGACUUGGACUCGGAUAGACAGGCCCUUCUUGAUUUUGCUGGUGCAGUCCCACAUACUCGCAAACUCAACUGGAAUUCUGCUGUCCCAGUCUGCACCUCUUGGGUAGGCGUCACUUGCAAUGAGGAUGAAACCAGAGUGACCGGGAUCCAUCUCCCUGGUGUUGGACUCUAUGGCUCCAUCCCAAACAACAUUAUUGGAAAGCUAGAUGCACUCAGGGUUUUGAGCCUAAGAUCUAACUACCUCAGUGGAAAUCUUCCUUCUGAUAUUCUUUCCAUCCCUUCCCUCCAAUCCCUCUAUCUUCAACAUAAUAACUUCUCUGGUGAUGUUCCUCUUUCUAUAUCUUCUAAACUUGGUAUAAUGGAUAUCUCCUUCAAUUCUUUUACUGGCAACAUUCCAUCCACAAUUGAGAAUUUGACACGGCUUGCUGUGUUAAACCUCCAGUUCAAUUCAUUCUCUGGAAUCAUCCCAGAUGUCAACCUCCCAAGGCUUAAGCUUUUCAAUUUGAGCCAUAACUUGCUAAAUGGUUCAAUUCCAUAUUCCCUUCACAAGUUUCCAAUUUCUUCAUUCAUGGGGAACUCUCUUUUAUGUGGGCCACCUCUGAAUAGUUGCUCCACAGUAUCCCCUUCACCUUCUCCAGAUUACUUGCCAUUCCCACCUCCAGUCCCAGGAAAACAUAAUGCUGGCUCCUCUAAAAAACUUGGUGCAGGUGCUAUCGUUGCCAUUGUGCUUGGGGUUUCAUCAAUUCUACUUCUUCUAGUCUUGGUGAUCUUGUUCCACUGUUUGAAGAAGAAAGACACUGAUGCCACUGGUGUGUUGAAAGGAGGGAAGGCCUCAAAUGGUGGAAGGACGAAGAAACCUGAGGACUUCGGGAGUGGGGUGCAAGAAGCUGAGAAGAACAAGUUGGCAUUUUUUGAAGGAUGCUCCUAUAACUUUGAUCUUGAGGAUUUGUUAAGGGCGUCAGCUGAAGUUCUUGGGAAGGGGAGUUAUGGAACUGCCUAUAAGGCUAUUUUGGAUGAGGGGACAGCGGUGGUGGUGAAAAGGUUGAAGGAAGUAGGGGUUGGGAAGAAGGAGUUUGAACAACACAUGGAGGUAAUGGGAAGGAUUGCACGGCACCCUAACAUUGUGCCACUACGUGCUUAUUACUAUUCCAAGGACGAGAAGCUUCUCGUUUAUGAAUACAUGCCAGCCGGAAGCUUGUCUGCACGCUUGCAUGGUGAUGGAAGUUUAGGAAAAGCUCAACUGGACUGGGACUCAAGAGUGAAGAUUUCACUUGGAGCCGCAAGGGGGAUUGCCCACAUCCACUCUGAGGGUGGUGUUAAAUUUAGCCAUGGCAACAUAAAGUCUUCUAACAUCCUUCUCACCAGAGAUCUUGAUGGUUGUAUAUCUGAUUUUGGCUUAAUUCCUCUGAUGAAUUAUCUGGCUAUCAAAUCUCGAGGAGCAGGUUACUGUUCUCCAGAGGUGAUUGAAACCCGGAAAGUCUCUCAGAAAUCUGAUGUUUACAGCUUCGGUGUUCUCCUUCUUGAGAUGCUGACCGGCAAAGCACCUCUCCAAUCUUCAGGACAUGAUGAUGCAGUUGAUCUACCUAGAUGGGUCCAGUCUGUGGUCCGGGAGGAAUGGACAGCUGAAGUUUUUGAUGUCGAGCUGAUGAAGCACCAAAACGUCGAAGAAGAGUUGGUGCAGAUGCUUCAGAUUGCUCUUGCAUGUGUGGCAAAGGUUGCAGAUAUGCGACCUACAAUGGAUGAAGUUGUUAGACUGAUCGAGGAAAUUCGACACUCAGAGUUGGAGAAUAGACUAUCCUCUGAAGACAACAGGUCCAAGGACUCCAAUAUGCGUACCCCAUGAUUGCUUUGAAGCUGUUGAUUCAUGGAACUGUGAGCUGAGUUUGAGAAAUCAUCUGAUUUAGGGAGGUUUAUUAAAUAAUAAACUGCAUCUAUUGCAAAGGCUUUCAACACCAUGUAUGCUUUUUACUCUCAUCCUCAAGUAAUGUCCAAUUUAUGGCUUUUGUAGGUUUUUAGUAUCAAAAUACUGAUACAUGAGCAUUC